GCCACACCGGCGAGCAGAUGUUUCCGGAUGGCCUUUGAACAGGCUCAAAUUGGAGACCCGAAUUGGCUUUAAACCCCGCAAAACCCGUGCAAUGAAAUCUUGUACCGCCAGGAGAAGGGGGAACUGAAGCUCGAGGCAACGAAGGAAGAGCCGGAUAGCGCCAGCAUACAGCCAGAAAUCGGAGGAGCGGACCCGAACCCGAAGCACCCUGUGCCGGAGUUUGUGACGCAGUUACACAACAAAAUUCUCAGUAGGCGCCCAAAAACGGGGCAAUUAAAAGCGUUAGCUGAAUCAACGUGGAUCCACACACACCCACUGCACUCUGGAGCUCUAAGCCCGUAAGACCCCCGAUUUUCAACCCCCUCGCGAAGCUCAGGGACACGGCGGCUUUCACUUUUUAAAAUCGUCGGCGAGUUCAUUGGUCAACCUUCGCAAUGGUUGUCGCAGCAUCCACCUGUCGCACGGAGACGGUCUUCGAUUACAGCUGGAAGAACGUGGUGGUCGCCUACUGGAACCGCUACCCAAAUCCGUCCAGCGCCCACGUCCUCACCGAGGACACUAUCCAGAGGGAGGUGCGCGAUGGCAAGCUCUUCUCCCGCCGCCUACUCUCCAAGACGAAUCCCGUGCCCAAGUGGGGAGCCCGAUUCUACAACAAUGUGCCGGUCAAGAUUGUUGAGGACUCCGUGCUGGACCCUGUUAAGAAGACCUUCACCACAUUCACCAGGAACCUGGGCAUGACCAAGAUUAUGAAAGUCGAUGAAAUCGUCAUCUACAGCGAGCAGAAGGACGGAAGCACCCUGGCCGUUCGAAGAGCCUACAUCAGCUCGCAGGUGUUUGGAUUUUCGCGGGCCAUUCGCGCUUUUGGGAUCGAGCGGUUUAAGUCCAAUGGUAACAAGGCCUCCAACGGAUUCAACCACGUACUACGGCGCAUGUUUCCGCAAAGCCUGCUGGGUGGAGGACACCACCAACCCAUGACGGCGACUACCUCAGCUGGGGAACUUGCUGUUGCCACCACCACCACCACAGUCGCCUCAUCCGGCAGUCACAACAACACAGGGUCUCUUAAAAGCGCCGCCAAAGUGGGAUACGAUUUUUUCAAGUGCCACGCCUCAAAGAUUGCGCAACUGUUUUCUAUUAAGAACUGAGGGACGACAUUUUACCCGAGACUCUCUGGAAUAGAUGUGGUAUGGGACCGAGGAAUCCACUUCUUCGGCUCCGGAGUGAAGAAACUUGCCAGGACGGAAAGGGAGGCAGAGGCGUCGGAUCGGAGGCUGUUUUAAAACAUGUAUUCCAAAGCAAAAACCAACCAUAUACUUUGCUGCAUUUCAUUCCGUGUGUGCGCGAGCCAGCCGGCUGAUCAGAACGGAGGCACUAUUUGCUGAACACAUUUCCUCCAUCCUACAAAAUUUGACUAGUUAUCUUUAGUCGUUUGCAUUACAUUAUUAUGUACCAUUCUGUUAAGUUGGAAAGAAAACAAAAACAGUGUGUAAAAUUUGGGAUUUCUAUGUAAACUGUUGUAUAUUUUAUUUCAAGAAAAUCGCUCACGAGUAGUUUUAAAAAUUGUAAUUAUUAAAAUACAUCUAGUUUGUUAGAAAUGCACGGCA